CCCCCUCGGGGUCCCAAGGUCCAUGCCGUGUUUGCGCGACGCAGGUCACCGACCCGCGUGACGCGUAAAUCCCGCCUGUCGUCUGCCCAGGAUGGCCUCUUCCCAUUGGCCGCUUCUUCUCGGCGUUUUGUCUCUGGCGUCCGGCGGGGCGCCCGAGGACCCGUGCGCCAUCAAAGCCAAGGACGCGGCCCUGGAGCCUCGCUGCGUCUACCGGGCCCCCGGGGGCGAGGCCCCCGACGGCGAGGCCUCGGCGCCGCCGGCGACGGAUCGGCGCGUGUGGGAGCUGUCGGCGGCCAACGCUCGCUUCGCGCUGUCGCUGUACCGGCGGGUGGCGCUCGGCCGCAGCGCCGCCAGCAACGUGUUCCUGUCCCCGCUGGGCGUGUCGGCCGCCUUCUCGGCGACCAAGCUGGCCGCCUGCGGACGCACGCUGGAGGAACUCGUCAAGGUGUUGGAGUUGGACUCGCUGGCGCCGAGGACGUCGGCUCAAGCGCACUUUUACUUGGCCAAGCUCCUGUGUCGCUUGCAGAGGAAGAAGGACGCCGGCGCCGAGCUGGCGGUGGCCACUCGCCUCUUUGGGGACCGCUCGCUGCGCUUCGACGCCGCCUUCCAGAACAUCAGCCGGCGCGUCUACGGCGCCGAGAUGAUGUCGCUGGACUUGAGGGGCGAGCCGGAAGCGUCCCGCGACGCCAUCAACGCCUGGGUGGCCAACAAGACGGCAAACAAGAUCCGGGACGCGCUGCCCGCCGGCGCCAUCGGCGCCGACGCCGUCCUGGUCCUGGUCAACAGCAUCUACUUCAAGGGUCGCUGGCUGCAGCAGUUCCGCGAGGAGGACUCGUACGUGGCCCCCUUCCACGUGGACGCGCGGCGCCGCUGCUCGGUGCGGAUGAUGUUCCAGGAGAACAGCUUCCGUUACGCCCGGCUGCCGGCGCGCGGCCUGCGGCUCUUGGAGCUGGAUUACCGCGGCCGGGACUUGGGCCUGACGCUGCUGCUGCCGGACCAGGGCCGCUCCCUGGCGCAGGUGGAGGCGGAGCUCGACCUUCCCACGCUCAACGCGUGGCUGGAGCGGAUGGCGGAGACGCGCGUGUCCGUGCACCUCCCGCGAUUCCGGCUGGAGGACGGCGUCCGCCUCAAGGAGGCGCUCGCCGCGCUCGGACUGCGCGACAUCUUCAGCCCGCAGAACGCCAGUCUGCCAGGGCUCCUGGACGGCAGCGGCGGCGGCGUUUUCAUCAGCGACGCCUUCCACCAAACUUUCCUGGAGGUGAACGAGCUGGGCAGCGAGGCGGCGGCGUCCUCCGCGGCGGUGGCGUCGGGAAGAUCCGUGGAGUUGGACGCGGAGGUGCUGCGGGCCGAUCGGCCCUUCCUGCUGCUGAUCCGCGAGAAGAGCGUCGGCGCCGUCCUCUUCGCGGGCCGCGUGGCGAGCCCCUGCCAACCGUGACGCGCGCGCCGCCGGCCCGCGUCCUCGAAACGGAAACGACGCGCCUUCG